AACAUUUGCAUGGGACACUCUGGUGCUUUUAUAAUUAAGAACGGACCAGAAAAUUGCUUUAAUGCUGAGAGAAGACAGCUAAUCUGCUGGUCUCUGCUGUGCACUAGGCAAAGAACUGAGAUGACUGCAUGCUUUUCCUUAAUGCUUGUGUUUUGUUGUUGCUAAUCUUUCCCUCUCUGAAGCUGAUGCCUGUGGGAUGCAGCUGGGAAGACAGAUCACCAGGUUUAGAGGAACAUAAAUGCCCGCUAAAAUGGCACUGGCCAGUUCAAUUCCUAGCAAAGCACCACCACCACUCUCCAGAAAAGUUUCUGCAGCAGGGGUGGAAGUGCACCAGAGCAAGAUGGAUUUUUUCUGCAAGCUGGGCUAUGGUAAGCAGGACAUCUGCAAAGUGCUGGAGAACCUGGGCCAAGAGGCCCUGGAGGAUGAUGUCCUGAAAGAGCUGAUUCGGAUGGGGAGCAAACCUCAGGCUCUGGAGAACCAGGCUCAGCCUUCCCAGCUAAAGCUGGUUGCCCGUGGAUCUUGUAGCAGCACACAGGGGCUGAAGAGGCUUGGAGAAGAUGAAAGUGAUUCUUCUGAUUCCUUGAGACCCAUUGUGAUCGAUGGCAGCAAUGUUGCCAUGAGUCAUGGAAACAAGGAGGUGUUCUCCUGCUGGGGGAUCCAGCUGGCAGUGGAUUGGUUUCGAGAGAGGGGUCACACUUACAUCAAGGUUUUUGUCCCACUCUGGAGAAAGGAACCCCCUCGACAAGACAGCCCCAUUGCAGAUCAGCACAUUCUUGAGGAGCUGGAAAAGCAAUCUAUCCUGGUCUACACACCCUCUCGGAAGGUGAAGGGCAAGAGGGUGGUUUGCUACGAUGAUCGCUACAUAGUGAAAGUCGCUUAUGAGAAAGACGGAGUCAUUGUUUCCAAUGACCAUUACCGGGAUCUCCAAAAUGAAAACCCCGAGUGGAAAUGGUUUAUUGAGCAGCGACUACUCAUGUACUCUUUUGUCAGUAACAGGUUUAUGCCUCCCGAUGAUCCACUAGGCCGGCAUGGACCCACCUUAAGUAACUUCCUCAGCAAAAAGCCAGUGCUUCCUGAAAGGAAAUGGCAGCCUUGCCCUUAUGGUAAAAAAUGCACCUAUGGCAAUAAAUGCAAAUUUUACCAUCCAGAGAGACAACAUCAAGCUCAGCUUUCAGUCGCUGAUGAGCUCAGGGCCAAAACAAAGGUCCCGAUAGCCCUGGGGAAGGAGGAGGAGAGGCGCCAGUGCUCACCGUACGAAGCCAGAGGAGAGCCUGCACCCUGCAAUGCCUGCACAGAACCUCUGCGGGAAGCCAGAGGCUGCUCUGGGCCUUCCUGCUACCCAGGCGGGUCCCUGGAGAGCUGCUCUGAGCAGACAUUCUGUGCCUGGGCCGGCAGCCCUGCCUCUGACCUGGGGCUGGAGCAGCGCUUGCCGCAGGCGGAGCCGCUCCUGGAGGAGAUGUCAGCGGUGUCCAUCGGUGACACCUACGGCUGCAGCUGGUCCUUGUGCCCCUCUCAGGACCGGGGGGUCACGGACAGCCCUCAGCCCUGCGCUGGCCUCAGGCACAAACUGUUCUCACUUCAUCACCCUCAGAGCCUGGAGCAGGCCGGCUCACCCAGGUGCCCUUUCCAGCUCCGAGCGCUCCCAGCUGUGGCAGGCGGGAUGUGCGGGGAGCACGGCUGGGCUCAGGAGCGCCACGGGACCGGCCACGGGAGCCACUCCGCCCCUGCUGCUGCUCAGCACAUGCAGGGCCCGGAGAGCCAGCACGCUGCUUUGCUGCAGGCCACAGCUCUGUUCCCUGACAGCCUUCCCCUGUACGGGGAGCACCAGGCACAGCAGCACUGCUGCAUCCCCAGCCGGCCCCCAGGGCAGCCCUUUCUGCCAGAUUCCAGCAAUGGAACGGGCUUAUUCCACAAAGCCCAUGCUUACCCCAGUGCCUCUUACAGGGACUACUGGCCCACCCCGGCUGCGAGGCUUCCCUCUGCCCGGCAACUAAACACACACAGGGAGCUGUGCUCCCCUUAUCCCUACUGUGGGAUGAGCCAGGCCGUGGCUUUGUACCCCAGUAUCCAGGAUAAGGGGACUGGAGCACCUCCCCUAUGAAGAGAGACUAGGGAGCUUGGGGCUGUUCAGCCUGGAGAGGAGAAGGUUGCAUGGAGACCUCAUAGAAACCUUCCAGCAUCUGAAGGGAACCUACAAGGAAGCCAGAGCAGGACGCUUAAUCAGGAACUUUAGUGAUAGGACACAGGGGAAUGGCUUCAGACUGAGAGGGGGUAGCUUUAGGUUAGAUUUUAGGAUGAAAUUCCUAAUUGUCUGGGUGGUGAGACAUUGGAACAGGUUGCUGAGAGAAGUUGUGGAUGCCCCGUCCCUGGAAAUGUUUAAGGCCAGGUUGGGUGGGGCUCUGAGCAAUCUGGUCUAAGUAAAAGAGGUGUCCCUGCCCAUGGCAGCAGGGAUGUUGGAACUGGAUCAUCUUUUAGGUCCCUUCCAACUCAGACAAUUAUUUCUGUGAUUCUAUGAUAUUGCCUGCUGGACUUUAAUGAUUCAAAAACACAGAAACUUCUGAAACCUCCAGAGCAAACCAUUUUCAGUAAGCACAAAUCCUAGGGCAAGAAGAUGCUAUUCUGAGGUUUAACUAAGUGUUUGUAGAGGGUGUUAGGGCAAAGAUUACAGCUGCUCCAGGAAUACAAGUAUAAACAUCAAAUCAAGGCAAAGGCUGUCAUCCGUGGCCAUGGGAUUGCAUUCCACCUCCCCUGAAAGAGAGCAGGAGAGCUCGGGGUUACUGGGCUGUCAGCAUUUGAACCUCACUGGUGACUGGAUUCAGGAUGGCACAGAUUUUCAUCAACACCCUAAAAAAUCAGAUGUGUUUUUAGAGUCCAAACCUGUUGUUCAACUUCCAUAAAAGAGCCGUGCUCCCCAGUCCCCAGGAGAGGGCUCUCCCAGGACCUGCCUGUCCCUCCUUGCUCAGCCAGCACAGAAGAUGAUUUGGCCCCUUCCCCUAGCACAGGGCUGUGCUCUCUGCUAGAAGGCAGCUUUGGGUCCCUGUCAUCACCUGAUUCAAGCCCAGCCCGCUGUCAGUGAGCUUUCAAAGCUCCAUCUCGUGCUUCUAAAGCAGUGCUGAGAGCACACAGAGCCACCAGCAGAGGGGCUGGAGCUGCACCUGAAGGAAGACACAGGUAUAUUUCUCAGAAAAGGGAUACACACAGCAUAAAUCAAGUCAGGGAAGGCAUCUUCAGUGUAAGUCCUGGUGUGGACUGAGGGCUUGGGGUUGGUAAUUAAAAAGAUCCAGAAGUCCAGAUGAAGCUAAAGAAAGAAAGGGGAAAAAAAAAAGCAAAAAGAAAAAGCAAAAAAAAAGCUCUUAAGUGUCUCCUGUAUUGAGCAAGAAAUCUAUUGUUGACUUAACCCUAAUUACCCAGUGUGGCCCCAUAAUGCAAUUAUACUGUAAACUAUGUUCUGUUAGGACAUGUUUGAUUUUCAGUAAGCUGUAAAGCUGCUAAUCUCUGCAUUAUUCCACUGAAUGCUUCAGGUUAUAAUUCAAAUAGUCAGGUUGAUCCUGGAGGUUUUUGGCAUUAUACCAAAGUUUAAGUAUGUCAGUAUGACAUGUUUUAAAAAUGCUUUAACACAUUAUAGAAUGUUCAUCUAUAACACUUUGUUCUCAAUAAUGUCUUAAUUUUCUGGGUUUUGCUUAGGUGGUGGGGUUUUUUAUUGUUGUUAUUUUGUUUAGUUCCUGGUUUUGUUGUUUUUUAACUCAAUCCUCUUAGAACUGAUUCUUCUACAUUCAGGUGGGAUUUUCAAGCUCUCUAAUCCUGCAGUAUCUCAUUUCUCUGAAGUGCAGUGUUGUUAGUUCCAGGCAGGAAUUAAACACAGUCCUCAAUGAGAAGUUGUAAUUCUGUUGCUUUCACAGAGGUAGCAGUAAUUUACCCUUAGUGAUAUUUUCACAUGAUGCAUUUUUUGAAAGCAGUGAUAGUCUGACCUGUUUCCCUCUGGAAACAACCAUCAGCUCUGUUUUUUGGUUUUUGGGUCUUUUUUUGGUGAUGGUUUUGAAGAAUCUUCAGAAAAUAAGUAUACUGUAGCUGUUCAAUUUCUUAUGUUAUGCCCCUGUGGUUGGCUCAAAGAAAUAGCAAUUUAGAUUUUGGAGGCAUGACUUAUGUUUACAGAACAUGGCAAUUUUUUUCCAUAUGUCCUAUGGAUUGUUGAAGUGGCUCAUAAAUUUAUCCACUACCUCUUAGAUAAAGGUUAGAAGUUGUCUUAAAACAAAACUACGAAAAAAAUUCUCCGAGAUAUGCCUCAAAAAAUGCUGCAGACAAAGUGUGAUGCCGAAUGGAAAAAUACCUUCCACCCCCUCAGACAAAGCAAGUCCCAAAUGGCAGCAUUCAGAAAACACACACAGCAAUGGAGCAGGAUGUAACUGCACAUGUCAACAUUAAUUUUUGUGUCUGGCAUGCAUAUUUCAAUACACAAAGCAUUGAAAAAUCCAUAGGAAAGUUGGCACACUGCCUUUAUAUGGUGCCCUUGGCUUGCUGGAGACAUGCAUAAACUUUUCUCCUUUGAGGAUGCACAGGAAUUUGGUGGUUGCUCAAAACCCUCUCAAUGCUUAAUAAUUUUUUUUCUUUUAAUUUCUGUCAUAUUUACUGAGGAAUCUUUUUGUAAAAUAUAUAGAAUGUGCACUCUGCUGAGAAAGUGUCUGAGAAAAUAAAUCAGACUUUGGUGCUAAACAGAACUUGGUUUCUCUUGGCUCUUGAGGCAAUCCCAGAGCGUUUUUUCUCAUGGGGAUUUUGUUGGAAGGGCACUCAGCAGCAGC